CGUUAAGGAGGCUUAUAAAGCGAGUUGAUUUGCAUGCAACUGCGCCAGGUCUUUUACUUUUACUCCUAAGAAAGUGAUGAGGGAUAACUGGAUAACUAUUUAUGACAAUUCAGCAGACGGAAAAGUCAUAUAUGCUUCUGACAACAUAACAGAGGUUACAGGGUUUGAACCAGCUGAGCUUGUCGGAAGGGAAGCGUUCAGUUUAUACCACCCAGACGAUAACGACAGCAUCAGAAAGGUUCAUGCAUCAAAUGUUCACAACGAAAAGAUGUCCUCCAUGUCCACCUAUAGACAUAAGUGUAAAAACGGAGAUUAUGUUCUUGUCGAAACCGUGGUUAUUUAUUGUUAUGACAUCCUUACUACUUGUAAUUACGUAUACAAAAAGGAUUCUAUUGAACAUAAAAUGAGAGCGAGUACAGUGGAUGAAGUGUAUUUUUGCUUGCCUAAUGGAACGGUUAAAAAGACUGGUGGAUGGAGAAACAACAAAGAAGUCAAAGAAAGUAUAUUACCUAUAGACGUGGUCUGGGAAAAUAGGCAAAUAAGAAGACCUCAAGAACGAAGAUUUUGUUUAAUUUUAAAUCGCUUCACGGACAUGUUGAAUAUUGUGUAUGCCUCAAGCUUAGCGACAGAAUUGGUAUCAAUGGACAUCAACGAUCUUUAUGGCAAACCAUUUUAUAACUACGUUUCUGACUGUGAUUUGGAUUCAGUACAAUCUCAAAUGAAUUUAGCUAAAGAACGCGACAUGGUAGUCAGACUUAGAUUUGAUUGGAUUAUCGACCGUGAAAAGGGUUUAACUGAGCAAGUUGAAGGGGUUACAAGCUGUACUGAUGACGGAUUAGUCAUGGUGCUUCGUCUUUCACCCAAAUUCAUCAUGACCUUAUAAACACAUUUUGGUCAUUUUUCCUUUAUCUUAAAAACAAAAGUCGACCGGUAGUUAUGGCAGUCGAGUGAUAGCUUCCAUGAUGACAAGAGAUACUGUUAUGUCUGAAAAUAUCA